UCUCUUGUUGGGUCUUCAACUUCAAUCGCUCUGUCUCUCUCAAUCUCUCAGGUGACCCACGACGGCGCGACCCUUUUCCCUUAUCCCUCUCCUCUGUACUCUAGACCCUCUCUCCUUCCUUCCCAACUCCGCCGCUCUUCCGCUUCGUCUUCUUCCUUCACAGCGACCUGCAAGUGUCGCCGUCUCACUCGUCGUCACUGAUUUGCUCUCAGUUUCUCACCGCCAUGACCUGUGACCCACGACCUCUUGCUGUUCGAGUCUCGACCCACUACUUCGUUCCUUUGCAAGGUUAGUCUUAUAAUAAUUUCUCUCAUGUUUGUUCUACAUAUUUUGUUUUCAAUUUGAUGCGUUUUGCAGAAUUUAUUUUCAAUUUCAUGGGUUCUGUAGCUUUUCAAUUUCAUGGGUUUUGGUUUUGCAAUUUGUUUUGGGUAACUUCAGUUAUGAACACUAUUAGUUGAGGUUUCAUUAAUUUUAUAUUUUCUUAUCCUUGCAUGCGGUACUAAUUUGUAUCGACGAGAUCCUCGGCGAGGCGGAGAAGAAAUCGACUAUGAUGGAUUUCACAGCUGAGAUGAGGAUCCAAGCUUUUCUUCGACUCUUUCAUGGUUUUGGUUCGAUUUCAAAACUACCCAAAUGAUAAAAAAUUAAAAGACUAUGAUGGAUUUCUGGGUUUUUUUCUUUCUUUCUGGAUUUGGGUUUUUUGUUGAAUAUAAAGGCUUUAACUUCAUGACUACAAAACGAUUUGAGCUUUUUAGAGAGAGAGAGAGAGAGAGAGCGGCUUUUGAUGAUUUCAGCGAGUAAAUGCUGUAAGGAAGAAAUACAGAAUGAUAAAGUGUUGAUGCUAGCACAGGAGAAAAAAAUGGCACUCUGUGAUAUCUGUGGUUCAUUUCUUGUGGCCAAUGAUGCUGUAGAGAGAACUCAGUCUCAUGUUACAGGGAAACAGCAUAUUGGUUAUGGCAUGGUUCGAGAUUUUAUCGCUGAGUUCAAGGAAUCUAAGGAGAAGGUAAGGGAAGAAGAAAGGUUAGCGAGGGAGAAAGAAGCAGAAGAACGGAGGAAACAGAGGGAGAAGGAACAGGAGGAUAGAAGGAGAAGUAAUUCAAGUGACAGGGGUCUAUCUUAUGUUGUUGUGGUUGUUUUGCAUUUUUUGGAGGAAAAAAAAAAAUGAA